UCGAAUUGGAAGGAUCUGGCACGGUCCAGGAUCGGCCAGAGAAUGUUGGCGGAAAUGGUUCGGCUGUCCUACCAGCAUCGAGCGUUUUACUGCUACGUGAUUCUAAGCGUAUGGAUCUUCCUCCUCGUUGCUGGUAUGUACAAAUACAUUGGCAUAGAUGAAAAAAGUUCAGUACAAACAAGAGUUCUGGGAAAUGAUAUAUCUAUCAGGGAAUUUCCUAGAAACUUGAAAGCUGAUAUAAAAACGAAAAAGAUAUUUCGGUUUUGUAAUCCUCCCAAUGAUAUUGCAGCAGAAACUGAAGGAAAAUUGGAUGGGAAUCUGACGUUAGGAGGUAUUUUAGUAUUCAUUCGACACGGAGAUAGAGGGCCAUUAGCUCACAUACGUAACAUAAGCAUAGUUAAUUGUGGCGGAGAGUUGAAUGGUAUACCUGAGUUAGAGAACUUGUACCAGAAUUAUGUAAAUUUUCUACAAAACGUCUCCAGUUAUUCCAGAACAGCAUGGGCACAAUUCCUGGGACCGUUCCAUGGUUUUCCUAUGCUGCCAGCCAACUCUAAAGACUGUAGAAUUGGUCAGUUAACGACACUUGGUAUCGGGCAACUCUUAAAAACAGGAAUCAUACUUAAAAAUGCGUACUACCAUAAGCUUAAUCUUGGAAACGGCACCAUAUCCAGCAAAGACAUCGUUGUGUAUAGCACUAGAUAUAGAAGAACUGUUCAGAGCGCAGUUGCAUUACUGUAUGCCCUAUUAGAGACCGAUGGCUUUCAAAACCUAGCUAAAGUUACUAUGCAAGAAAGCCAGAGUUACGCGUUUUGUAACACGGACUGCGCGUGUCCUGUUGCUGAGAAAUUUUUCAAGCAACAUUUGAAGGAAAUGUCGGACCACUUGAAAUCUCAUCCAGCAGUGGCAGACCUGAUAAGGCAGGCUUCCAGUGCAGUCUUCGAAAUCCCUGAUCAGGCACAGAUGACAGAUCCCCAUACCUUAAAAGAUGCAUUGUUAACGUACAUCUGUCAUGGUGCUUCUCUACCAUGCAUGGACUUUGAAACGCAACGCGUUUGCGUGAAAACGGAACACGUUACAGGCCUGUUCGCGUAUACGGAAUGGGAGUCUAAGCAAAUUGCAAAGAGCAGCAAUCGCAGGAAAUACGGAUUGUUAAGGGCGUACGGACUUCUUAGAAGUAUCGUUUCUUACAUGCUACGCAUUAUAUCGGAGGCGAAACCUAAGAUCGUUUUGUACUCUGGUCAUGACAAGACUUUGGAAUACCUUGCGACCGCUCUUGGAAUCUUCUCCGACAAGUUGACCAUGCCACAUUACGCUUCCCGCUUCGUGAUCGAGGUUUAUCGAAUUAAUCCGAAGAACGAGAACCACGUAGCUAGUGACUUUUAUUUCCGCGUUAUCAUAAACGGGAAGGAUUUCACCCAAAAGAUACCUUUUUGCCGAAACGCAAAUUUUUACACUGUCAGUUAUUUCGAACGCAACGAUGCCGAGAAAACGCGCAGAGAUUCAAAAUUAUGCCCGAUCGAAACGAUUAUCAGGCAACUUCACGACGAUUACUUCGGACCGUUCAAUGCAACUAACUUCAAGGAUGCGUGCACCAAUCAUAAACGCGGGUAAUUUGAAUUUUCUCCAUUUUACUUCUCUGUGAAGAACAAUCAUAAAUGGAAAAUAUUCUCCAAAGAUUUUCAAAUUUUAAAUCGACACGGGGUGCAAAUUCGAACCUCUAGUAAUAUUAUGAUAUUUUACAAAGAAAGUAUUACAAACUCCUGUAACUUUGCUACAAAAAAAAACAAAAGUUGAAACAUGUAAGAUUU